AAAUCAAGUCCACUGAAAGAGCCAAGAAAAAAAGAAUCUUCUCUCUCUCUCACACACACAUUCUCAUUCUCUGGUACAGUUGCAAUAGCUCUAACUAACUUCUUCUUCAAUGAUGGCUACCAAUUCCAUUUCCUCAUCCUCCUUUCGCUUAUUCACAACCAGAAUCCCUCUCUCCCUCCACAACUUCAAAACCCCAACUCUCCACCCAACACCCUCAAAAUCCUUCCUUUUCUUCAAACCCAUAACGUUCCAGAGGCUUCCACCAACCCCAUCAUCAUCAUCAUCACCAUCUCCACCACCAUCAUCUCUUCAACCCAUCGAAGACCUCCCUCCGAAGCUCCAAGAAAUCGUGCACCUCUUCCAAUCCGUCCCCGAACCCAAAGCCAAAUACGAACAACUCCUCUUCUACGGCAAGAACCUCAAACCCCUCGACACAAGGUUCAAAACCAACGACAACAAGGUCCAAGGCUGCGUCUCCCAGGUCUGGGUCCGAGCCUACCUCGACCCGAACCGCAACGUCGUCUACGAAGCUGACUCCGACUCCGUCCUCACCAAGGGCCUCGCCGCGUUGCUCGUUCAGGGCUUCUCGGGUCGACCCGUUAACGAGAUCAUUCGGGUCACACCCGAUUUCGUUACGCUUUUAGGGUUGCAGCAGAGCUUAACCCCUUCUAGAAAUAACGGGUUUUUGAACAUGCUUAAGUUGAUGCAGAGAAAGGCUCUUAUGUUAUAUGUUGAAGCUGAAAAGGGUGGUGGUGAUUCUGGUGGAGGUGAAUUGAACUCAAUUGAGUCUGAGUUUAAUGGGGUUGUUGAGAGUGAGAGUGGUGGGGGAAGUUCUAAAAAUGGUGACUUUGAGACACGUGGUGAUGAGGGUGAUGUAGAAUUGGGGGGGAGGGGGAAGAGGAUAAGGGAGAAGUUGGAGAGGGAGCUUGAGCCUGUGGAGUUGGAGGUUGAGGAUGUGUCUUAUCAGCAUGCGGGGCAUGCUGGGGUUAGAGGGGGUGAUGGUGAGACGCAUUUUAACGUUAGAGUGGUGUCUAGGGAGUUUGAAGGGAAGAGUUUGGUUAAGAGGCAUAGGCUUAUUUAUGGAUUGUUGCAGGAGGAGUUAGAUGCUGGACUUCAUGCGUUGUCAAUUGUGGCGAAGACGCCGGCAGAAGUUGAAGGGUGAGACUUGAGGGACAACUAGGAUGUUUGGCCCUUUUUGUGUUUGAGGAAUGGAUGUAUCAGUUUUGAUUGUUGAACCAGAAUGGUACUUUCUAUUCGUUAGAAUACAGUGAUGAAUCGAAUGGUGUAAUUUAGAUUUGUUGAACAUGAGGAUUUUGUUUCAAUAUUGUAACAAUUGUCAUUUGAAAAGAGAAUGAUGAUGAUACACGAUUUGAGUGAAUUCCUUAUUGUUUUGGUCAUUUGA